AUGGCCAGACUCCACCACACCCUGCUGCUGCUGGCGGCGAUGGUGGCUCUCGCAUCCCGAAGUGUCCAAGCCUGGGGCUCCCCGAAGGUGGUGAGGGAAUUCGAAGACAUCUCCCAGAGCUACGUGUACGUGCAGCAGGCCCUGUGGUUCGCCAUGCAAGAGUAUAACAAGGCCAGCAACGACAAGUACAUCUUCAAGGUCAUGGAGGUUCUCAAGUCCCAGGAGCAGAUCACGGAUAGCUUGGACUACCUUCUUGAAGUCAAAAUUGCCCGAACCAUGUGCAAGAAAAUUUCGGGGGACAAUGAAAACUGCUUAUUUCAACAAGAUCCCAAAAUGCAAAAGAUGCUUUUGUGUACCUUUAUUGUGAGUUCCAAGCCAUGGAAAUUUGAACUCACCAUGCUAAAGAAAAAAUGCCGAGACAUCUAA